UUCUUUGUAUUUUCCUUAUUCACAGUUAGAAUAUAAGUCUGCAUAGCCAUAGUCUAUAUAUUUAGGCCUACCUUUGAAUGACUUGCCUAAUCGAACAAAAUCUUUUCUGCAAAAAUAAAGAUAAACCAAAGCUAAAAAUUUGAUAUAUAAUCAAGAAGAAGACGAAGAUGAUGACGGGUCAAGGGAGCUACAUGGCGCCUGCUGGAGGUAAUCCAGCAGUGGCGGUGGUGGGGCAACAUUUUAUGGCACCAUACCCCGUUGAUUUAAACAUUGUACGCAAGAUGUUGACAAUAUCAGAAGGUAACUUUGGGGUAACGGAUGCUAAUGGUAACAUCAUGUUUAAAGUUAAGGGCAAAUUACUCAUCAGUCUUCGUGAUCGUCGUAUUUUGCUUGAUGCUGCUGGUAAUCCUAUCCUAUCUCUGCAGCAAAAGUUAAUGGGUGUGCAUAGAAGGUGGGAAGUUUACAGAGGAGAUAGCAAAGACUUGAAAGAUUUACUUUUCAGUGUAAAGAAGUCAUCUCUCCUCCAAUUUAAGACUCAGCUGGAUGUCUUCUUGGCAUCUAACACUUCUGAACAUCACUGUGACUUCAAAAUCAAAGGCAGCUGGUUCGAGAGAUCAUGCACCAUUUAUGCCGGAAAUUCAACUGUCAUAGCCCAGAUGCACAGGAAGCAUAGCGUUAGUAGCAUUGUGCUCGGAAAGGACAAAUUUGCAGUGACUGUGUACCCUCAUGUUGAUUAUGCCUUCAUCGUUGCUCUCGUCGUGAUUCUUGAGGAAAUUAAUGAAGACCGCAGUAGUGAAGAUUAAAUCAAGGCCACUGAAUAAUUUUGUAUGCAUGUUUACCUUGAGAGGUGAUACUAUGUAUUCGGCGCGGGUUCGCAACUCGGAAUUUUAAAUAGUCUAGAUUUUAAUAGAUUGUAUCUGUUCAUAUAACAAACUUGUCAUUCUCGUUAUAAUUAGAUUUUAUAAUAUGAUAUUUAAAAUAUUUUUUCCUCAACACAUAACUCAAAUAAUAAUUAAAUACUAAAAAUUCCAAUUUAUAUAUUACAAAACCAGCAACAAUUAUAUUACAACAUAACAAUUACAUUGGCGAUGAUGAAGGGACAUGGGAACUACAUGCCACCGGCCGGAGGAAAUCCGGGGGUGGCUGUAGUGGGACCACAAUUUAUGGUACCAUACCCGAUUGAUCUAACAAUCCAACGUAAGAUGCUGACAUUGUCAGAAGGCAAUUUUAAUGUAACUGAUUCUAAUGGUACCCUCAU